UCUAGCCGACGACAGAAGCAGGGGAAGAGAGAGAUGGCAGGUGCGUUUUGGGGGACGAGGGUGAUGGAGAUAGUGAAGAAGCACGACUCUGGAGGCCUAGUUUGGAAGAGAAUAAAGCUCACCACCACCCGCAAAGCUAACGCCAAGAAGCGGCUCCUCAGGGUUUGGCAGAAUGAAGCUGUACUGAAGGUUUGUUCAGAGCCUCCUCCUUCAAAAACUUCAGGGCCUGGUACCAAUGUAACUGGGGAGGCUGCCAACUAGAGCAGCCAACAACCAAGAAACUAAAUGAAUAUGAACAGAGUACUAUGGUGAUUUCUGGCUUUAUAAUGCCAAAAUAUUUUUGCCUCUAUGUUUUCCUGAUUAAGUGUAGUCAUAUCAUGACUGACCGCAUUGUUAGUCCUUCGGCUAGGAGAAUUUAAGGAAUUUGUCAGUUCCUUGAUUGUUUAGAAUGGAACAAUAUGGCAGUUCUUCAGUCAUUGGACAAUAUGCUAUUGUAAUCUUGCAUCAUCUUGGCACCUCUGAAUGAGAUUCAGUUUUACACAAUUAAAUAUUGUAUUCUUUA